AUGUCGCUAGAGAAGCGGAUACAGCUCUGGCUACAACAGAUCCAAACAGGCUCGACAUCUACUCCUCAGACCAGACGAGGUCCAAAGCGCCGUCGCUUAAACCUCCCAACCCCCGAAGCCUCGCAAAGUGACAACAGCAUGGCUAGUCCCAAAAAGCACACUCUCACCGACCAUGACGAUGAAUUUGAAACCCCUCGUCCUUCCAGACGAAUGAGGACGCCGAGAAGUGAAUCCGGCACCUCUCUACCUUCGACGCAGUCAGCAUCACAAGCAUCAGGCCGAUCCUCGCCAACCAAACAACUCCGCGCGCUUGCGCUCAAUACCAGAGGCGUCGUCACCAGAGAACUCAGCGCCUUUCCUAAUAUGCCAGCACCUUUAGAAGCUCUCCUCGACAAGAUCGAUCUCGCCUCAUCAGGCAUUGGAAUCCUUCCUUCAUCUCAACGUUCCGUAUACAGGGAUUUCAAGUGGACUAGACAGCCCAUUCUGAGCAAUAUCCUCUUCUCGGACGAUCGUGACAAUCUCGGGCAUACGCCGACGCCUGAGGCUAUACAGUGGAUUCUUCAUGAGGCUGCGUAUUGCAAUAGUAGAGGUUGUUCGGAGGCAGAUUGGAACGUUGAAGUUCAUCAUCGUGUUCUUGCUGCUGCUUUGAGGCCGUUGCAGGGUCCGAGGAGGGAUCAGUUCUUUGAUUUUCGACUCAGUACAACCGCUUCAAUCAUCACCGAGUAUCAUGUGACGUCAGCGUCUAAGAAAGUUGACUUUUGCAUGUAUCUCGAUCCCAAACAGGAUGAAUCUGCCCAAGUUUCAGAAACCAUUGAUGCCCUGAAGAAUAUCCUCCCGCUCGGCAUGUUCAAUCACGCCAAUCUAGCCCCGCUCUCCGACAAUCCCAUCACUGUUAGUAUCGAAACCAAGAAGACAGGCGAGGGCUGGGAGAACGCCAAGCUUCAGAUGGAAGUCUGGAUGGCGGCCCAUUGGCAGUUCCUCCGAACAUUGCUCUCGUUACGACAACGUGCACAAGAGCUCACAACUACCAACGACAAGAGAUGGAACCUACCAGGUUUUAUACCUGGCAUUAUCAUACAAGGACACGAUUGGCAUCUCAUCAUCACGACGCCAGAGGGAGAGAAGACGGUUUUCUGGCAGAAGAAGAAUUUUGGAGAUACAUCGAGCUCAAAGGGAAUUUACAAGAUUAUAUAUAAUUUGCAGCUGUUACGACAAUGGGCGCAAGAGGACUAUUGGAAAUGGAUGAGAGAGUUGUUGGUGGAGUGGCCUCGAAUUGAGGGGGAAUUGGUUGUUGUUUGA